AGCAAACGGGAAGGAAAACACAACAUGACGCGUGUCCGUUUGGUGUUGGACGGCUUCUUACGUUCUCCAAGGGACGGAGCUCUGUUCUUCCAGAAAACAGGGGCGGAGCUACAGAAAUAUCCAUGGGCGGAGCUAAAGAGAUCGGAGGAGCGGCUGCCGGCCUGGCCGAAACGGGACGGACCCCCGCCGGGAGCACGGCUCAUGGCCGCAGCAGAUAUGAAGCUGGGAGGAGCUGAGGAGGAGCCCAGCAGGAGGUCGGGCCCCGUGGGCUCCUGGGAGUCGGAGCUGGCCUCCGUCCAGCACUCCCUGAAGUUUGUCCUGAAGCUCAAGGACGAGUUUGUGUGUCCGAUCUGCGGAGGCGUCGUCCUCAACCCUCACCAGAGCUCCUGUGGACACAUCUACUGCUCCCACUGUCUGCAGAGCCUGCUGGAGCGCUCGUCGCCGUGCAGCGCGGUGUGUCCUGUGGACGGAGCUGUGAUCACGCUGGCCGAGGUGUUCCAGGACAACUGCUGCAAACGAGAGAUUUCCAGUUUAGAGGUUUACUGCACCAACUCGCCCGCCUGCUCCUCUGUGCUCACGCUACAGUGUCUGCAGGAGCAUCUGAGGUCGUGUCAGUACGAGCAGCUGCAGUGCUCCAAUCCAGGCUGCAGGACGGUGCUGCAGCGGAGAUACCUGCAGGAUCACCUGAGCAGCACCUGUCCUCACCGCAUGGAGCCCUGCCCACACUGCCACGCCCCCCACCAGCUGAGCCGCAUCAAGGACCACGAGCAGAGUUCCUGUCCAGAGGUGGAGGUGAGCUGCCCCAACAGAUGUUCCCAGAAGGUUCGAAGACACCUGCUGGCUGAACACAGCAGCGUCUGUCCUGAGGUGCAGACGGACUGUUUUUACAAGAAGUAUGGCUGCUCUGUGCAGGAUAAAAGAGCCGAGGUAAAGCUCCACGAAGACGCCGCUGUUCACCAGCACAUGCUGCUGGUUCUGAGGAGCAACGUGAAGCUGGAGAAACAGAUAGAGGGCCUCCAGGGGGAUUUGCUGCUGAGGCAGCAGGAGAUCCAGGAGGAGAGCUUCCUGGUCGGUGGUCUGGAGAGGGAGCUCAGACCGCUGGUCCAUCAAAGCAGCAGGCAUGAACAAAUAGUUUCUGCAGCUCAGAGGUCUCUGAGCAGGGAGAAGGAGCUCCUCUCCAGGAUCCAGCUGGAGGUCCAGGAGGUGUCGGGUGGGUUUGUUCGUGGUCUGGACCUGGACCAGAUGAGAAGCUCCCUGGAUGCUGUGAUCCAGCAGGUUUCAGCAGCUGAAGCCCUCAGAGACCAUCUGGGAACUUUGGAGAAGAACAUCAAGCGCCACUCGGGCCUCCUGGACCUCCACACCGCUCAGCUGGAGCACAACAAGGAGCACCUCCGGGAGCUGGAGGCCACCUGCUUCGACGGCAGGCUCAUCUGGAAGAUCCAGGACUUCAAGAAGAAGAAGGAGGCGGAGUCCAGAGGUCAGCAGCCGUGCCUGAGCAGCGUGCCGUUCCACACCGGGCGCUGUGGCUACAAAAUGGCUGCCAAGGCGUACCUGAACGGAGACGGGGAGGGGAGAGGAAGCCACCUGUCCCUGUACAUUGUCCUGAUGCCAGGAGACUUCGACCCGCUGCUGCCGUGGCCCUUCAGGCAGACCGUCUCUCUGUCACUGCUGGACCAGAGCGGUGCCGCCAACCACUGGACCUUCAGCUUCAGACCCGACCCGGCGUCCAACAGCUUCCAGCGGCCCGCCGCCGACGCCGUCAGCAAUGUGGCCUCUGGCUUCUCUCGCUUCAUCUCCUUCAGCCAGCUGGAAGCCCCGCAGAAGGCCGUCUACAUCAAAGACGACACGCUCUUCGUCAAAGUGAAAGUGGACAUGACGGGUUUGGAGGACAUCUGAAGACGCUCUGUCUUCUGCUUCAGUUGGACAAGAACAGAUUAUUAGGUAACACUUUAUAAUAACCAUAAACUGAUGAAUAAUUAACCUUUAGUUAUUUUACUGUUAACAAGCAAUGAAAUAAUUCAUGUUUACUUAUUACACAGUAAACUAUUUACUAUCAGUUUAUUGGUGCACACAUCAUAACAUUUUAUUUACUGUAUUAAAUAUUUGUUAAUGAUUACCUAAUUAUUUGUAAAGCUUUAAGAAAUCUUUUCUUAAACAUCUACAAACACCACACAGACAGAUGGAGCAGAUAUUUUAUAACACUUGUUAAUGGAUAAUGACUGGUUUGCAAACCGUCUGUAAACAUGAUUUGGAUGGUUAUAAAGUUGCACCUGAUGAUUAUGAUAAUUAGUUAAUGAAUAAAUCUACAGGUUCAGGUCAGCACAGACCAUUAAUUAAAAGAUCUUUAAUUUUAUAAAGGCCAUCCAAAUCAUGUUUAAAGGUGCAAUACACAGAUUUAUUAACUGUUUACAAAGUAUUAUUAACAUCUGUAGAUGUUUAACAAAUGAUUUAUUAAAGCUUUUUUUUAUUACAAAUCAUUUGGUGAUCAUUAACAAAUACUUAGGAUAUUUAAUAAAAUGUUAUAAUGUAUGCAACAACAAUAAACUAUUGAUGAAUAGUUCACUAUAUAAUAAGUAAACAUUUUGAAUUAUCAUGUCAUUGUUAUUAACUGUAAAAUAACUGAAGGUUAAUAAAUUUACCAUUAAUUAAUGAUGGUUAUUAUAAAGUGUUACCAUGUUUUAUAGGUCAAAUGAUGGGUCAUAUGUUUAGUUUUAUAUAAUAUCACCUCAGAUGAAAAUAACAUGAAUAAUGUGGCGUCACUGUUUGUGCAAACCUGCGUCUGUUUCACUUUCUGAUGGAUUUUAUUUGAUGAGCGCUGACACACGGCGGCAGCUGACUGAAGUUUAUAUUAAUAUUUUGUAUUUGGAGAGAAAUGUGCAGCCGUCUCGUGACGGCGGCUGACUGAAACUUUAUUUUUUUAGGGGAAUCAUAUCCAGAAACCACAGGAAGGGUCAGAAUAUUUUUCUAUUUUUGUAUUGUGGGAACAUUUUGGACGAGAGUCAAGCAGUGAAAUCUGUGGUUUGUUCUGAUCGGCCUGGAGCUGCAGACGCUCGUGUGACGGGGAACCUGAACAUGUUGAACCGCUCUCCUGAUCGUCUCAGUGUCGGUGUUCUGUCGCAGAGGUUUUUAAAACUUUAUCGACACUCGUUAACCCUGGAGCCACGAGGGAAUCUGCUCUCAGGACUCUGAUCUGAACAAAACAACACGUGGAGUAAAAGCUGAUUAACAAAUUCACAAGAAAUUACCAGAAUUUAUGGGGGGAACAACUAGCAAAGAAAAUUUGCAAUAAAAAAAUCUUUAUAUUUUACAAUGAUGAUAAUAUAAUAAUGAUAUAAUAAACUGUAAUACAGUA